UUACAGAACUCACUUCAAUUCAGUCCUCACCUACCCUCCUCAUUUUAGAACAAACAUUCGGGCUUAUUGCCCUCAAAGAUAGAGUCAUUACACCAAAAAAAUGACCUCCCUCCCAACUUACAAAGCCGACUUCCUGCGCGCGGCCAUCUCAGGCGGCGUCCUCAAAUUUGGCAGCUUCGAGCUCAAGUCCAAGCGCAUCUCGCCCUACUUCUUCAACGCCGGCGAUUUCUACCGCGCCGACCUCCUCGAGUCGAUUGCGACGGCCUACGCCAAGACCAUUGCGGAGGCGCACAGGUCCGGCGCGCUGCCCGACUUCGACGUCAUCUUCGGCCCGGCCUACAAGGGCAUCCCGCUGGCAACGGCGGCGACCAUCAGGCUGGGCCAGCUGGACGCGGCCGCCUACGGCGCCAAGUGCUAUUCGUUUGACCGCAAGGAGGCCAAGGACCACGGCGAAGGGGGGAACAUUGUGGGUGCGCCACUGACGGGGAAGAGGGUGCUGAUUGUGGAUGAUGUGAUCACCGCCGGCACGGCCAAGCGGGAGGCCAUCGCCAAGAUCGAGAAGGAGGGCGGCGUGGUGGCCGGGAUCGUGGUCGCCUUGGAUCGCAUGGAGAAGCUGCCUUCGCCGAACGGGGAUGACAGCAAGCCGAUGCCGAGCGCGAUCGGGGAGUUGCGGAAGGAAUAUGGACUGCCCAUCUUAGCCAUCUUAACACUGGAUGAUAUUAUUGAGGGCAUGAGGGGUCUUGCGUCGGACGAUGAUAUUAGGAGAACGGAGGAGUACCGGACGAAAUACAAGGCGAGCGACUAGAGGUGGAGAAUGGGGAAACACAAGUAAACGCGUUGAAUUUGGGUUCCUCCUAGGAUCAUGGACCCGCCCCCUGAUACGAGCGUUCCGCGCUGGGUGGUUUGAUACUGCCUACACAAGAGCAUGAGAUCAUCUAGGCGGCAAGGCCUCGGUAGCCCAUGCCAUAAAGGGGGGGGGACAGGGGGGUGUAGAAGGGCCAGAUGCAGUAGGAGAUCUCGCUCAGAUUCGCCAGCCCUUUGAGGCACUCGGGGUAUCAGUCCCCCCAUAAGUCGAUGCUAGUGUGAUCUCAACAGCCCCUGUUUGUCUAAUGGAAUAAGACUCGUCCUCCGA